AUGACCACCGCCGCUAUGUCAGACACAGACAGCAUUCUCUCCCGCACGUCAGGUGCCUCAAGCUCAGGCUGGAGCUCGUCGACCUCUCUGUCAACAUCGUCUACAUCCAGUAGCUCGAGUCGACGAACGCGGUCGUCCGGCCGAGGCGGUGUCGGCAACAUCAAGUUCAGCUCGAACGAGUGCCUCACGAUCGAUGAGACAGCUGAGCAUGAUGAUGAUGUAUCGACCGUCAAUGGCCGCGAAGCGCCCGCAGCCAAGCCCGACAGCACGUGCUCCACCGGAAGAAGCGGGGCGGGAAACAUCAUCUCUACCACAAUCAUGCGUAGAGCAAGCCGCGUAACCAAGCCGGGAGACCAUACACUCACCGCCGCCCUCGUUGCCGCGCAAGAGGAGACGCAUGCGAGGUACGAGCGUAUGCUCGUGAUUGAGAGCCGGGAGGCUGCUCGCCACACAAGGCAUACGUACGGAAGAGGCGGUGCGGGCAACUCUGCCUCCCUGACCAAACCGAAGGUGCCCAAACCGCCCAAGAUAGCGAAGACGCGCUCGAAGUCGCGACUCAUCAACUACGGAUCGCUGCGCGCCUCACGAGGCAACGCUGUAAAGCUCGAUACCCCGAUACCCGAGGAGCCCGAAAGCGUCGAGGCAACGAUUACGAUCAGCAAAAAGGACUUAGGCAAGAUGCGCAAAGCGUUUGCAAAGUCCCUUCUCGUCCUGCGCACUGCCUCGGCUGCCACGGCCUCGAAUCCCGCUACACCAUCUAUCGCUCCCCAGACCACUCCGCCGUCUUCAACUGUCAACAUCUCUUCGCCAUCGUCCCCUGAAUCAGCAUCGGACUCCAUAUCGACAUCCGCCAGUACCUCGCCUUCAAGUGUGCUCAUCACACCCAGUGGGGAUAUCGUACAGGAUGCGACUGCAGGCCGUGACGCUGCUACCAAAGCUGAUGACGGUGACCCAGGGGUGAUCAUGUUCCCGCCCGACGAAGACACGCUUUCCGACCAGCUCGUCGCGCUGCAGCUUCGCAAGAGCUGGAAUCCCCGCGCGAAGCGCGCCACGCUGCCCUGGAUGGGCAGCGAUGCGGAGUCGAUUUCGUGCGCGGACCUGGAGUGGAUGGAGGAGGAGUGGCCGGAAGAAACCGGCAGCGACGGUGAAGAUGUUGAUGAAGAGAACUACGAAGACGAGGAGGAUGAUAUCGUGAAGGUUGAUGACGGUGACGAGCUAGGGCCCCUUAACCUGAACGAGGUGAUGUACGCGCUACUCGAAGAGGCCAAGAGAGUGCAAGCUAUGUGA